AUGUGAACUCUUGAACUCAUCCACAAAUCUGGAAUCAUCAAUAGACCGCAAUUUGCUCGUCUGUAACGUCAUGCGGUUCGCUUGGAAGCCCGCGGUCCUACGAUGCAUUUUUCAUGACCGAAGCUGGAGCUGACAAACAUGCCCGAAUCAACCUCCCGCAUUUUGUGUCCUCCUCGCAUCCUUGCACCCACUAACGUUGUUUGUAUAGUGAUAUACACUGCAUCUGUGCCUGCGUUAGUGCCGGUGAUAGACCAUUCAGAGUUUGCUCACGCCGACAUUCAGACCGAGCAGGCCUCGUUCGGAUGGCAAGUCGGCAACAAUGGGGCGCCUAGCCAUAGGGUUUGUCCUUGCGUUGAUAUACCAUAUGAGCCCACCCAAGCAAACACCUCCAUUGCAUCUCGGAGAAGCAUCCAAGAGCUACUGCCAACACGACAUCGAACCAUCAACAUGGCCGACGAGGUCGCAAUCAUUGGCGCUGGCCUCUCCGGCCUGGCCCUUGCCCUCGCCCUGCAACAGCAAGGUAUUAAAGCCACGAUAUACGAGUCACGCCCGGCCCCUCUCAAUAUCGGAGGCGCCGUUAUGCUCUCACCCAAUGCUCUCAAGGUACUCGACGCCCUAGGUGUAUACCAAGAAGUCCGGUCCAAGGGCUUCAACUUCGAGGAACUCGAGCUGCAAAAAGUCGACGGCGAGCUCCUCGAAACCUACGAGUUCGGUAGUAAACAAAAAUACGGAUACCCCGGCAAUCGCAUCUACCGCUUCGAGCUCAUCGACAUCAUACUCUCGAAGAUCAAGGCCGAAGGCGUCCCAGUCGUCUUCGGCCGCAAGUAUACCCGCGUCGUCGAAGAGACUAAUGAGCACGUCAUCUGGGAGUGCGCAGACGGAGAGCAACACACAGCAUCCUGGCUCGUGGGCGCCGAUGGCAUCCACUCGACUGUCCGAAAAUAUCUAUACCCAGACCUCGUCCCACGUUUCACACGCAUGGCAGGCAUCACUGCCGCUGUACCCACCGCGCCAGCCCGACACCAUGGCAAACCUAUCACCAAGCCUCUGACCAUCAUCUCCGAAGGCAAGGGGGCAUUUGUCGUCGCCCCGCAGAAAGUCGAUGGCUCCGAGAUGCUGAUCGGUAAGCAAAGACGAAUCGACGAGCUAGACCGCGAAGGCUGGGACAAUUUCUCCGCUGACAGAGAGUCUCUCAUAAAAUUCAUGCAAGAGGAUGCCGAAGCCUUUGGUGAAGUCGCGAUCACAGCCACACAACACAUCGACCCGAAGAAGAUGAACGUCUGGCCGUUCUACGUGAUUCCCGAACUCGAUAAAUGGGCAUCCGCGAAACGACGGGUCGUCAUUCUCGGGGACAGCGCACACGCUAUCCCUCCAUCGGCUGGGCAGGGCAUCAACCAGGCAUUCGAAGAUGUCUAUAUCUUCGCCUUACUCCUGGCUGCGGCUAAAGGCGGGAACGUCAAGGUCGAGGACGCAUUGGCUUUCUGGCAACGUUACCGACAGGACCGAGUGAAGCGGGUGCUCGACUUGAAUAAGCAGAUUGAUCUGAGGAGGUUGCCCCAGGAUCAGCUCACUGGCCUUGCUGCCGAGGGUAUCGCUCGGCAACAGUUUGACCUGACUUGGCUUUAUGCGCCGGAUUUCAAGGCCGAUGUGGACAAUUGGGUCAAGAGUGUCUCUGUAGAAUCGGCAUGAUGAUCUAUAUCGAGUCUGGAGAAUCUCCCUCCCAGUAUCACCUUUGAGAGAUAUAUUAAUAGCAGGUAUGUCCGUACCUAGGUAGCUAAUGACAUGUCGCAUCUACAUGCGUCGAAUGUCAAAGGCUUGGCGGCAUUUGAUACGGGG